AUGAUGAUGUGGAAAGAGAUGUCCAUGGAAAUGGGGAAUUGGACAACUGUCCAAGAAUUCACCUUGGAGGGGUUUCCUGCCAUGCAGCACCUGGGAAAAGUCCUCUUCUUUGUACACCUCCUGGCAUACCUGGCAUCCAUUGCAGGCAAUGCAGUCAUAGUCACUAUCACCUGUGCUGACUCCAGGCUCCACACACCUAUGUACUUUUUCCUCAGCAUUUUCUCCUUCUUUGAGUGUUGUUUCAUAAGUGCUGUUAUUCCUAAGUUGCUUGUCAUCUUUCUCUCAGGCAAGCAAACCAUUUCUUUUCCCGCUUGUUUCAUACAAGCAUUUGUCUUUGUAUUUCUGGGAGCAACAGGUUUCCUCCUCAUAGCAGUGAUGUCUCUGGAUCGGUAUGUGGCCAUUUGCAAGCCUCUGCAUUACCCGACCAUCAUGAACCUGAAGACUUGCUCCCUCCUGGUUACUGCCUGUUUUGCUUUGGCCUUCACUCUCAUCACUGGUCCAGUAGUAACGGUUUCCCGGUUAUCCUUCUGUGGUCCCCAUGUCAUCCCCCACUUCUUCUGUGAUGUUGGCCCCCUGAUUCAUCUCUCCUGUUCUGACACCAGGUCUGUUGAAAUGUUGGCUUUUGUCCUCGCUUUGUUUAUCCUUUUGACAUCCCUUAUUAUAACCAUCAUUGCAUACAGCAACAUAGUAGUCACAAUCAUACGACUCCCAUCAGCUAAGGAGAAACAGAGGGCUUUUUCCACCUGCUCUUCCCACCUCAUUGUUCUCUCACUGAUGUACGGCAGCUGUGUGUUCAUAUAUGUGAAACCAAAGCAAACAAACAGGCUGGACUCCAACAGGGAGGCUGCCCUUGUGAACACAGUGGUGACCCCACUGCUGAACCCUGUCAUCUAUACUCUGAGGAACAAGCAGGUCCACCAGGCUCUGAGGGAAACAAUUUGCAGAAUGAAAAUAUCAAGAUAA